CGCUUUGCCACUUAGAGGCUCUCUCAUCUUUCUUUUCAGUCGUCUCUUCAUUCCUUUCUUGCCUCUGCUUUCUAUUCCCUUCCUUCCCGCGUUCAGCCUGGUCCGACUAGCUUUUAAAACCACUACGUCCGACGCCACAUCCCCGGCUCGAACACACAGUACCGCCACAAUGGAGUCCUCUCCCUCCGCCAUGCUCCGCUUCCUCCUCCCCAAGACCCCCUUCAUUCUAAAGACCGCCGUAGCACACACCCUGUAUCUCUCUGAGACGUCCUCAAAAUGGGACCUGCGCACCGAACUCACCAUCAAGAUCCUGCGCCACAUGCUCGGCCCCCACUCCAAAACAACGUCCAUCUCCAAGCAACAGCGCCUCACCACCAAGGACCCCGGCGUCAAGGGCAAGGUCUGGAUCUCCAAGGUGAAAUGCUCUGUCCCCGAGGACGGGGAUGCUGUCCGCAAACUGCUCUUCAAAGCAAUCGAGGAUUUGAAAGAGGGGGGCGAGGCGUACGACGAGCCGGCGUCGACGCCGCUGGAGGCGGAGUGGACGGGGUAUCGCGCUGCUGCGCACCAUCAGACGCCUGAGCCGGAGGGCCUGAGCGAGAAAGAGAAGUACGUGGAGUUGAUGCGCGAGACGAGCAGUAAAGUCACGCUGCUGUAUUUCCACGGCGGCGCCAUGUACUUGCUGGAUCCGGCGACGUAUCGGAACAUCACAGGGCGACUGGCCAAGGAGACGGGCGGCAGGGUGUUCAGCGUAAGGUAUCGACUCGCGCCGCAGAAUCCGUUUCCCGCGGCGCUGCUGGAUGCGCUUACCGCGUACCUGACCUUACUGUAUCCACCAGAAGGUUCGCCACAUCAACCAGUUCCCGCGAAAGAGAUCGUGUUUGGUGGCGAUUCCGCGGGCGGGACGCUGUGCACCGCGUUACUCCAGCUGCUGCUGCAGAUCCAGCGCACGAAGCCGGACCCCUCGAGCCCAGCAACCGUCCGGUGGCACGGCCGCGACGUCGAGAUCCCGCUGCCCGCUGGCCUGGCGCUGACGAGCCCGUGGCUGGACGUCACGCGGAGUCUCCCGUCGAUCGAAGCGCUGGCGAAAUACGACUACCUGCCUCCGCCCAGCCACACGCACACGAUGCGCUACCCGCCCUGCGACGCGUGGCCCGAGAAGCCGCCGCGCGCGGAGCUCUACUGCGAGGGCUCCGCGCUGCUGCAUCCGCUCGUGUCGCCCGUGGCAGCGAAGGACUGGAGCGGUGCGCCGCCCGUGUUUUUCUCGCUGGGCGAGGAGAUGCUGAGGGAUGAGGAUGCGGUGCUGGCGCAGAGGUUGUAUGAGCAGGGUGUGAAGGUCCGGUGGAGGGAGUUCGAGGCGAUGCCGCAUUGUUUUGGGAUGAUGCUUGAGGGGCUGGCGGCGAGCAGGGUGCAUUUCGAGGAGACGGCGCGGUUCUGUCGCGAUGCUGUGGAGGGCGGGGUGGAGAGUAGCAGUGGGCAAUUCAUCGUUGCGAAGAGUCUGGUGAGGAGGGAGGUGGAGUUCGGCAAGUUGACGGACUUGACGGCGGACGACGUGCGCGCGGCCAUGAUCAAGGGCAGGGAGAGGAUUGAGAAGAGGCACGGGGGUGGGAUGACGGAGACGAGGCCUAUGCUCUGAUUGGGAGGAGGUACGCAUGGAGUUGCAGGAUGAAUAUACCCAUAGAAGAUGUAGACAACCGCUGACAAGAAGCGCAUCUCAAGCUAGCAUGAAC